GCACGUUCUCGGCGCGCAGAGUCCCUCCAUCUUCGACUAUAAAAUGCGCUCACCUCUCUGUCUAGUCUCUUCGAAUCCAAACCAAAAACUCAAAAGCAGGAAGAGAGCAUGGCGCCAAAACGAAAACCUUCUUCUCCAAUCUCCAUCGGUAACUGCGAGGUUACUGUCGAGGCCACUCGUUUCACCUGUAACUCCGACUCAAACGUCGUCGUAAUCUCGCUUCCCCGAAGUGGAAAGGUCAAAGUGUCAGCCGCAGUUGUUGAAAACCGUGAAAACGCUUAUGAGGAUUUUAUAACCGGUGAUAAAGAGCAUGAGUUCGUGCUGGUUAAUCCUAAGGAUGCUGAUUCUGUUAGUAAAUCCUACCUUCAGGAAGUAUUACAAUUGUACAGGACUGAGCUACCUGGAAUGAAUUAUGCCGCAAAUACCGGAAAACAAUCCAAGUUUCUUGAGAGAUGUGUGACUAAUGGCAGGAAAUAUCGAACCCUACUGGUAAAGUCCACUCGUGUUGCAAAUUCAGGAAAGGUUAUAGCCGCAAUUACAUACCAAAUCAUCCCUGCAGAUACAGAAUUUGCAGAGGUCCCACUUGCAGCUGUCAAUGCAAUCCAUCAACGAAAGGGUUUUGGUCAUUUAUUGGUUCUGGAGCUACGGAAAAGACUUCAAAGUGUUGGCAUCCGUUCUAUUUUAUGCUGGGGAGACAAGGAAUCAGAAGGGUUUUGGCUUAAACAGGGUUUUGUAGAAAUAGCACAGGUGGAUACCAAAGGAAGGGCCCGCAGGUUACCUGUAAAAUCUGAUAUUCAGAAAUCAUUAUGCUUUCCUGGUGGUUCAACUCUCAUGGUUUGCAACGUAAUGAAAGAAUGCUUAGCCGAUGACGCUAACACUACAAAGUGUCUCCCUUCACAGUUUCAUCAGAAUUCCUUUACACCUGCCAUUGCUGAAGAUGAGCAGCUGAAGUUUUCGGGAUCGGACAGUCAUAAUCCUAAGAAAGGCUGUAGUAGCAUUGCUCCAUUUGCCCAAGUAAACGACGAUAGACAGUCCACUGGUGCAGAAAGUUCACAGGAUGGAAUUGGUGCUAAUGUGAAUUAUUGUUCUCAAUCUACAAAAGGUGCAAAGAGGACCUGGGAAGCCUCUUUAUCUUCAUUGAAGUCAAAAAGAGUGAAGGGGGGCCAGCUGGUUGGCUAUCAAUCAGGUUCUAGCUGCGGUUUUAUCUUAGAGACUGAUGAGGCCAAUUCCUGUUUUGUAGAGGCCCUUCACGAUCCUUCGAUUAUAGAUGGUUCUGAAAAAUGUGUCGAGAAUUGUUUACAUUUAGAAGCUCCUAUCAACAUAGAACCGCCAUCUACUAAACAAUGCUUUAGAAUUAUGUUGAUGAAUAUUGCUGAUGAUGCUAAGAAAACACAGCUCACAAAGGUGAUUGAAGACCUUGGUGGAACUGUAUCCACUUGUGGAAGUAUGACCACACACGUUGUCACAGGACAAGUGAGAAAAACUCUGAAUUUCUGUACCGCCCUUUGUUCAGGUGCUUGGGUGGUCUCAUCAAGUUGGUUAAAAGAAAGUUUUCGGGAAGGCAGAUUUGUUGAUGAACUGCCUCACAUACUGAACGAUCCGGAUUAUUCGCUGAAGUACAAAUGCGAUUUAAAGAGUGCAGUUUUACGGGCAAAAGCUAGCUCUCAUACACUGUUCAAGGGAUAUAAUAUAUGUAUUGCAGCUCAUGUUCAAACUCCCGCUAAAAUAUUGUCUGCAAUUGUCAUGUCCGCAGGUGGUAAUGUGAUUAGUAGAGUGGAGAAAGUAAAAGAAACAUCAACAACAAUCUUUGUGACAGGCGAGGAAGAUACGGAAGAAGCAAUGAUAGCUGCAAAGAAAGGGAUCCGGACUUUCAGUUGCGAUUGGUUUAUGAACUGUGUCAUGAGACAAGAACUUGACUUGGAAGCCCCCCAGUUUGCUGAAUCCUUAUAAGUAUGUCACAUGCUUUUAUCUUGUACAUAACAAUCUCUUAUUUUUGGACUCUUUCCAUUUCAGUCAUAUAAAUAUCAUUAGGUUUAACGCAUACCUUAGAUAACUCGUUGAGUUAGGGUUAGAUUGCUAAGGAAUUCUUGUCAUGGGCAAUUACACUAUUUUUACACCUUUUGGUUUAAAUCUACUUUUUGAUUAUAUUUUAUCUA